AUGAGUCAUUUGGGUAGAAACUGAGUUCACGCACACAUCACAUGGGGGAAAAGACAAGCAUAGAGUACAUACAUUGAGAGACUUUACUGCUUUGUUUUUCUUCUUUGGGCAGGUUAUGCUUGAGAAAGUGUUGGGAAUAACUACCCAAACCAGCAGUGGUUUAACUUGCAACCUGAACACGGGGUACAUAGCAUAUCCGGCAGGAUGUGUAGUUGUGAUUUUAAAUCCCAGGAAGAAUAAACAAAGGCAUAUAUUUAACACUUCGAGGAAAACUGUGAGUGCUCUGUCUUUCUCCCCUGAUGGGAAAUUUAUUGUAACUGGUGAGAAUGGACACAGACCAGCAGUCCGAGUCUGGGAUGUCGAAGAGAAGGCGCAAGUGACAGAGCUCCAUGGCCACAAGCACGGUGUGGCCUGCGUGGCGUUCUCUCCCAAUAUGAAGUACAUUGUCUCGGUAGGAUAUCAGCAUGACAUGAUUGUCAACGUGUGGGACUGGAAGAAGGAUAUGCUUGUUGCAUCCAACAAAGUGUCUUGUAAGGUUAUGGCUGUCUCCUUUUCGGAGGAUAGCUACUUCGUUACGGUCGGCCACCGUCAUGUCAAGUUCUGGUUCUUGGAUGUGUCCAAAGAAGUUAAGAUUAAGGAGACUGUUCCACUCAUUGGUCGCUCUGGACUUCUCGGAGAGCUUCACAACAACAUCUUCUGUGAUGUGGCUUGUGGGCAGGGCAAAAUGUCAGGCAACACAUUCUGCAUUUCUUAUUCUGGUCUCCUCUGUCAGUUUAAUGAGAAGCGCGUGCUGGAGAAAUGGAUUGAUCUGAAGGUACCUCUAGCCAACUGCAUCCGUGUGAGUGAAAAUUUUAUCUUCUGUGGUUGUGCUAAUGGAAUCGUGCGAAUCUUCCACACACACAAUUUGCUUUACCUCACUGACUUGCCAAAGCCACACUACUUGGGCAUUGAUGUUGCCAAAGGAGAAAUGUCAAGAAUGGCAGGUGCCACCUGGCCAGACACCAUUGCCUUGGCCUUUGAUCCCAGCCAUCAUUGGCUCUCCUGCGUAUACAAGGACCACAGCGUGUAUAUUUGGGACGUGAAGGACACCAGUCAAGUUAGGAAAGUGUGGUCUGACCUCUUCCAUAGCUCAUUUGUGUGGAAUGUUGAGGUAUAUCCUGAGUUUGAAGACCAGAGGGGCUUUUUGCCCCCAGGAUCCUUUCUAACAUGUUCAUCAGACAAUACAAUUCGGUGUUGGAGUCUGGAAGGCAACGCAGAAGCUGAAUUCCAGAAGAACAUCUACAGUAACAAUUUGCUGAAGGUUGUCUAUAUGGAAAAUAACACCCAGCAUUUGCAAGAUUCAUCCAAUGUGCCGGACCGAGGAGAAAACACAGGAUAUCUGGAUGUGAAAUCUGGUGUCCGAGUCCUGCAGGUCAGCCCUGAUGGCCGGCACUUGGCCUCUGGUGACAGAGCUGGAAACUUAAGGAUACAUGAGCUAAAAUGUAUGGAGGAGGUGAUGAAAGUUGAAGCCCAUGACUCAGAAGUUCUCUGCUUAGAGUACUCUAAACCAGAAACUGGGACGGCCCUUCUAGCCUCAGCAAGCAGAGACAGGCUGAUCCAUGUGUUGAAUGUGGAGAAAAAUUAUAAACUAGAGCAGACCUUAGAUGACCACUCAUCAGCCAUAACAGCCGUGAAGUUUGCCGGAGAUGGUGACAUUCAGAUGAUUAGCUGUGGAGCUGACAAAAGCAUCUAUUUCCGCAGUGCACAAAAGGUUGCUGACGGAGUCCAUUUUAUUAGAACUCACCACGUUGCAGAGAAAACGACGUUGUAUGACAUGGAUAUUGAUAUAACCCAGAAAUAUGUCGCUGUGGCCUGUCAAGACAGAAAUGUCAGGGUAUACAACACAGUCAGUGGGAAGCAGAAGUGGUGCUACAAAGGCUCGCAAGGGGAUGAUGGAUCUCUGCUGAAGGUCCAGUUGGAUCCCUCUGGAACCUUCCUGGCCACCAGCUGCUCGGACAAAAGCAUUUCCGUUAUCGACUUCCACUCUGGAGAGUGUGUUGCCAAAAUGUUUGGGCAUUCAGAGGUGGUUACAGGGAUGAAGUUUACUUACGACUGCAAACACUUGAUCACCGUCUCAGGAGACAGUUGUAUCUUUAUAUGGCAUCUUAGCCCGGAAAUUACCACCAGCAUGAAACAACACUUGAUGGAACUAGAUCAGGUCCAGCAGCAGAAGAAGAGAGCCAGAGAACAGGCGUGGUCUCCACCGGUCAGGCGGGAAAUCCGUGUUACCAUGCCAAGUGGAAGCACUCCCCGUGGUGCUGGUCUCCCUCCUGACUCCGACACUGAGGAUGAGCAAGAGGAGGAAGAAACAGCCGUCCAGACUCCCACCAAAGAGGACGCGGACAUGGGUCCUCCUUGUAUCCUCACCAAUGGCAGAAUGCCUAUGUGGGCAAAGAGACUGCUUGGUGAGGUAGAUAACUCAGACAGCGCAACUAUAUCCUCCAAGGUGAGUUAUCAGCCACAAGGACGAUGGGCUGAACGUGCUGACCGAGAACCGAUUAAAAUUCUGCUGGACCUGGAUCUUAGUUAUUUCACCCCAAUUAAAAAUGACAGCAUGAGCGACAUAGAGCUGGAGCCACAGAACCUGGACCGGCUGCUCUUGCAGACAGAGAGCUCCCCUAGCAACACGACUGAGGACUUAAAAGAGCUAGACCUGACUUCAGAAGAUGAGGCCACUCAACAGCUUGAAUCCUUCAAAGCAGGCCGAAAUGCCCAGUCUGUGCAGACAAGCAAUGAUCCUGCUGAGGCAGAGAGGAAACCGGUGAAAGACUUGCCUCUUCAGCUGACUUUUCAGAAGGAUCUGGAUUCGGGUUUUGGCCAACCACAGGAGGACCAAGAGUCUGUAGUUUCAGAAGUCGAAGCAGAAAUUACUGACCUGGAUGAGAAAAGCAGCUCUCUGCCCCAAACUCCAGAGCAAGAGAAAUAUCUCAAGCACCAUUUUGAGACUCUGGUUGAUGCCGAGACUGAAGAAAAGUUUGAUGGCAACUUAAAGGACCUGAAGCCACCUGAAGAUGAAGAUGAGGAGGCCGCCUUGUUUCUCAACCCUCGCCUGAGCAUUUCUGCCAGAUUUCUCUCACGCUGUCAAAAAAAUAGCAGGCUUCCAAGGAACCGUCAGCCUGCGCAGCCUACUUCAGGUGUUCCAGAGCAGGUUAAGGAAGAGAUGCCACUGCCCAGAGAGCCCAAGAUGUCAGAAAAACCGCCGGAGGGAUGUCUAUUUGAAUUGAAGGACAAGCUGGAUACUAAAACAUGCAGCGCUUCAGAAUCUCAGGUUCUUGUUGAAAGCUUUGAAAUGAAUCUGCAGUCUUUGUGCUCCAAAUUUCAAGAAACUUUGCAACUUUAUGAUCAGGUUACUUCCUGCAAAGACUGCACCAGAGAAGAGCUCCUCCAGGUAAAGGCCCUGCUGCUGAGGACUUCCUGCUGGAUGAAAAGCGAACUGGACUCGAGAGCAGUGAAGGACAGCCUGGAUGUGGCAACAGCCACAGACAGCCCCUGCCUGGGGCUGAAACACCUCCAAGGAGGGGAGGCCCACUGUCUUCUGAGACACUACUCUGACUCCCUGCUGAAAAUGGUAGAGAAAAAGCUGGAUGAAAGGAACAAAGCAGAUGUCUCCUGAACCCCUUCCUCCCACACACACGGCGCUCGUUUCUGUGUAACUCCUGAGGAGUUGGCUGUUUGGGGACAAAACUCUGUUCCCCUCUAGCAAUCUGUGUGUGUGAAUGUGUGUGCUUUUUCCUCCAGAAGCAACCGUGUCCAUCCAUCUUAGCUUUUUUAAGGGGCCUGAUUUCAUAAGAAGCAUUCUGUAUGAGAACUUGUUAAGCAGAAAUCUUUGCUUAUUCUGAAAGCGUGUUUAUGUGAUAGACUCUUUUUAUCUUGACAAACGUGAUGGACUCAUUUUAUCUUGACAAAUACAGUGUGUAUUUUGCAAGC